GAAUAGAGAGAUGCAGCCGCUUCAUCGCCGGGAGCGCGCGGCAGGCGCGACGAAACAUGGUAAACCUCUAAACCGCUCCGCGUUCAGAGCAAGGGAGUCACGCGACACUCACUCAUUUGCCAGCCCGCUGACUCUCGCUGCGAAUACGGGGCCGCUUCAAGCGACACUGAAGGAUGUCGACGCAGGCGUAUAAGCAUCCGAAUACGCUCGUUCUUGCCUGUCGCGUGUAACUACGCAAUAGCUGCAGCCUUUACAACGCUGUACCGAACUGCGGCGCCUCGGUACGCUCGCAGCGAACAAGGGGCAACCCCGGCUUUCCGCGAGGCAUCGCGCAGCCGCCGCCACUCGCUACCGAGGCGGCGACAUCGGCGGACGAUCUCGCGUGCAUCGGUGGAGUCAACCACGGCUGAUCACGUGCGCUGCCCUCCCUCCCUGCUGGGCGGCUCGGCCUGCUCGGCGCCAGGAGCUGCGGCGGCAACGAAAAGACUGGAAAGAACACAGUCAAAUAUGUUUUUGUUAACCGAAGCGAUGACGACCUUCAAGCUGCUGUGCAUCUGCUUGUUCAUAGCAACACCAGGCAACGCCUUGGAGUUGCUCGUGUCGACGCCGGACAUGUCCAUCCCUCUCGGGAGUGAAUCAGGAUUCUUCGUCCGCCUUGAUCGCGCUUCGAACGAGAGUGUUCAAGUGCACGCAGCAGUAAAGGAGGGCUGCAGCGCGGUCAACCUGCCUGGGCCAGCCUGGAUACCCUUGGAGGGAAUCGAACCCGCCUGGAUCAACGUCUCGGCCGUCGGAGCCGGCCACGCUACUGUCAAGCUCAACACGUCGCGGCCUUUCGUCAGGUCGGCCGACGCCUUCGUCCACAUCGAAGUCUUCAAGCUGGGCUGGCUGGAGACCUUGAGCGUCGUGGUCGGCUGGAUCUACUUCCUGGCGUGGUCCGUCUCCUUCUACCCUCAGAUCUACCUCAACUGGAAGCGAAAGUGUGUGGAAGGACUGAGCUUCGACUUCGUUGGGCUCAACCUGACCGGAUUCCUGGCCUACUCGUUCUUCAACCUGGGCAUGUACUUCAGCUGCGUCGUUCAGGAGGAGUACCGCGAGCUGCACCCGACCGGCAUCAUCCCAGUGGAGCUGAACGACAUCGUGUUUGGCCUGCACGCCGCGCUCGCCACCUUCGUUACUGUUGUGCAGUGCUGCAUCUACGAGCACCGGGGUCAACGGGUCUCGCUGCCGGCGCGACUGCUUUUGGCCGCGGUGUGGACUGGAGCCGCAAUCUUCGGAGUGGUCACACUCGCCGCGGGCAGUCACUGGAGGACCCCGUGGCUCUUCUACCUCUACUACUUCUCUUACUGCAAGCUCAUCAUCACGCUCACCAAGUACAUGCCCCAGGCCUACCUCAACUACGUGAGGAAGUCCACGUCAGGCUGGAGCAUCGGCAACAUCCUGCUCGACUUCACAGGAGGAAGCUUGAGCCUGCUCCAAAUGUUAAUAAUCGCCUACAACUACGACGACUGGAUGUCGCUGUUCGGCAACGUGGUCAAAACGGGACUCAGCUUCAUCAGCAUGGCGUUCGACAUCCUCUUCAUCGUCCAGCACUACGGCCUCUACCGAAACGGCAGGGUCGAGCUUACAGAUCAAGGAGAAGGCUAACGCCGCAGCAGUAUAACCACGAGGUUCCUUAAUUGUCACGGCGUUACCGUGAUACCGAUAUACUUUCAGCCACGAACUGCGCGCAAGUGCCGUAUCGCGAUUUAAAAGCGGGCGCAGCGAUUUUGACCAAAGGGAAGGACGCCUCGGAGGAGGUCAGUGUCAAAGAUAAUGGGAAGUUUAGAUGUCUAUCGGAAGUUGCUUACGACGGGUCAGCUUCGGCCCCGUAUUCGCAAACUUAUAUUACGCAAGUGCCGUCCGUGAUUGGCUAUCGAUCGCAGCUUCGAUUGUCUCUUUAUUGACCCGGUCCCUGAGUGACAGGCGCCCAAACGCCGGCUAAUGAGCAGAGAUUCCGGCGCAAUAUAAAUGUAGUGACCACGGGCCCUGGUUUCGAGCAGAAGAUUCUGCCGUAUUUAGGCAAGAUAGUUAGAAAUGAUACGACCCCUCGAUUGACAUUCGACCGACGUUUCGCGUGCAAACAAAUUAAUUGCUUGCAUUCAUGUACUUGUAAAAAGAAAACAUACGAGCAGCGUCAUACUUAAAAUAUUCCCAAUGAUUUCACGCAGAAAACCAAUAAGACCGCUCGCCCUAAUUGCAUCCCUCACCCAUUCAACGCAGAAGGGGCGAGAGGAAACUAUAGAUAGUGAAAAGUCGUUGCCAUGAGCUAUAGGGAUGCGGGAUUAUUAAAAUCAGUUAAUAAUAAAAACAGGGUUUACAAAAAAAAAAGGAAAAGUUACCAAGGAAGAUUGAGAUGAAGUGAUCAACUGUUAGCGAACGAGGGAGGCGUCAGGUUGGAGCCAACGUUCCGACAAAGGGACUUGCAUUCGUCAAGGCUUACCCGGAGCUGAUCCUUAAUGUUCAGAAGGGCGUCCUCUACGAAACUGAUGCCUUUGUACAUAAAUGUCGAUAUCGUUUCAGUGUACUUAUAACGUGGCGGGCGCUAAGUGCUUUGUAGAGGUUUUAGCUAGAAUACUAGUCAUGCAAACACGAACGCGGUCGCGCCACAGCGAACGUUAGCGGUAAGUGGAACUGGCACGAGCGACGAAGCGGCGAAUGGCGGCUAGUGCAUCAAAGCUAGGGCGCUACUUCGCGAAAGUGGUGGUAACGUACGUUUUUUACGACUCGGUGCCGUUCGCGUUGCGGACGCACCGCCAUGCCAACCUGUUCCGAUUGGUCAGCGCUUGGUCACAGGGCGCUGCGCACACGUAUACAGCUUGAUCGACUCGGGACCGAAUUUCCAGCGUGCCAAAUUCUUCCAAUGUCUCUUAAGAACGGUUUAUCCUGUUAUUCUGUGUACGCGGCAGCUGUUGUACAUGUUUCGCAAGGUGUCAUUCUGUGAUCACAUGCGCCCAUCACCUUUGCCUGUGAUUGGCACGAAGUGCGCGCUAGCAUGUAGUCUAUUGCAUGUAGUGUGCGGAGGCUUUCCGCCGAAACCUUUCUUUAUAUCCAAGCAUUGUUCCAAAAGCUUGGAGUGCUGUAUUGUAACGGUCACGUUCCCGACAUUUUGAACUGGUCCUGCCGUGUGGCGUGUGGCUCUCACUUUGUACAUGACAUUACCGUGAUUCCGGUUGGAAUGAUGUCUCAACCAAGCGGUGACCCUGCAACGAAGGAAAAAAGAAACGACAUGGACGCCUCUUGUGGAGGUUGCGGAACGUGACUUCACCAACUGCCUGCAACAAUGUCCAGCAGUUCGUUCGCACUUCGUGAAUCGCUUUGUCUUAAGCUUAAGUCGAGGGCACGCCGACUCGCGUUGUUGAUGUGCCUUAAGUAAAGGUUCACAUGAAAGUG